CAGAAAAUCAUCAAAGUAUCACACAGGCACACAGUCUUCCUUUGACAUACUCUUUCUCGAUCUCUAUCACACCCUUGGUCUUCAGAAUCCUUCUCGGGCAUAGAAUAGUGGCUGCGCAUUCUUGAUUUUCUGAUGGAAAUGUCUUGCAAGAACACUGGAGUCAUGACUCCGAUGAAAGAAUCAUAUGGGUAUCGAUCAAAGAAUCAGGAAUGCUCAAAACUUCUGGAGAAUUUUAAUCCCAAUGUAUCUCGUCGUAGCCCUGGCUCGAAAACCUUAAAGUCCCCUGUUACUGCCAAGUCUGCAAAGUCUCUGAAAUCGGCGUCGAAGAAUCCUAGUUCAGGUGUCUGUCUACCUCAGAACAAGAUCCGUCAAAGGAGAUUUGUGACGGCAAAGAACAAUCCGAAUAAAGAAGACGACGUUGUUUCCAGUUCGUUAGCGACGUGCAAGUGCAAAGACAAACAUAAAAAGAAGUGUCUUUGUGUGGCCUACGCGAAUUUGAGGGCAUCCCAGGAAGAAUUUUUAAAGAACCAGGCAGAUGAGCAAAAUCAAUCUAAGGCCAGUGACGAAUCAGAGAUUUUGACGACGAUACAAGGCCGUCUAAUUAGUGAAGAUGGCCUGACGACCAACAAGACAGAAUCACCUGAUCAAGUAGGCAGUUCGACAGUGAAACGUCGGAGGGACAAAUUGAUGGAAGAGGCGAGAAAGAGUGUCCCAGAAGGAGGUUGUGGGAGAGUGAUGCAUCUGGUGAAGGCAUUCGAGAAGCUUCUGACUAUUCCGAGUUCGAAGGACGGUGAUGAGAAGGAUGAGGCGGAGGAUAAUUUAGCAGACGAUGAUCAGAAGAAAGCUACGAAAUGGGCAUUGCCAGGAUUGCAACCUCCUCCGAAGGCACCUGAAACUGAGAUUUCAUCCUCAUCAUUCUACCCUUCGGAUUUGUUUGUCACAUCCGAAAGCCUCGGCUUGGACCCACCUACUUCAUUUUCUUCUUCUUGUGAUGAUAAUAGCAUCCGUGAAAGUAUAUCGAGCAGGACUUCUACUGGGGGUCAAAGGAGUAGGAGGAAUAGCUUGGAAUCGUCAUGCACUUCUGGGGGAAGGAGGCGGAAGAAGAAACACGUAAAGGCCACAAGCCAGAAACCAUUCAAGCUGAGAACAGAGCAAAGGGGAAAGUUGAAAGAGGAAGAAUUUACGAAGAAGUUACAAGACGAGAUGAUUGAAGAAGAGAAGCAGAGAAUACCCGUUGCACAGGGUCUUCCAUGGACCACGGAAGAACCAGAGAACCUCGUAAAGCCUGUAAUUAAAGAAAGCACUAGGCCCGUGGACCUGAAGCUUCAUACUGAACUACGGGCGAUUGAUCGUGCUGAGUUUGACCAUCAGGUGGCAGAAAAGUGUAGCUUUAUUGAGCAAUUCAAGAUGGAAAGGGAGAGGCAACAGAAGUUAGAAGAAGAAGAAGAAAUCAGAAGGCGAAGAAAGGAACUCAUCCCCAGAGCACAGCCAAUGCCUUAUUUUGACAGACCCUUUAUACCCAGGAGGUCAAGGAAACCUCCAACCAUCCCUAGAGAACCGAAGUUUCAGUCUCCUCAGAAUCAGCAUCAGAAAGAUCAGAUGCUACUUAUCAUGGAAUGACAAUAGCCCCUGCAUUUCAAGAUUAAAGGGCCAUUAAUGUAAAGUGAAUAACCCUCUUCCAUUUUUGCCCCUCUGAGGAGUUUUGAUUGAUUUUUGUAUGCAAGCCAUUAAUGUAGUUAUAGAUUUUAUUUUUAGGCCAUUGGUCCAUAACAGUGUCAUGGGAAGAGAAAGGGCGACUCCGCCUCCGCUUGAUGUUGUUACAGUUCUUCCUCACAAAUUGUUUUAUAGAGUGAUUAUUAUUUAUUAGUCCUUCCAUCAACAAAUUUGAUUGCUGGUGAAGCUGGAAACAGAAAAUGCAUUCGUUUGGAGAGAAAGUUGUUUGCCACUCUGUAUUUGGGAGUUCUGGUAAAUUGUGAUAGGAUUAGAAUUAGAUGUAGACAGUAGUUAAUUUGGUUGCACCUAUAAUUUUUACGAGGUUU